AUGUCGUCUCGGCAAAUGGACGAUGGAGGAGCAGACUCGUCGCCCUUGUCUACUCCUCCUCCCCUGGACCCCGAAAAUAAUUAUCCUCCUCGGUCGGUCGCUGCAUCCUUGAAUCCCAGUAAUAAUCAUCACCAUCAUAUCAAUCACAACGAUUCGUCAUCCACCACUGCCGAACAGCACACGGCUGGCCGGACCACCGCCAAACAUACUUCUUCAGCCACCAGCCAACCCUCGGCAAACAACAAAUCAUCCAAAGCAACGUCGUCGUCGACCACCAAUUCGGCCGCCCCCAAGAGGGCUUACCGGAGGAGAGACCAGCAACAACAGCAGCAGCAGCAGCAGCAGCAGCAGCAGCAAGAGCAGCCGUCCUCCACCGUUUCGACAAGCGACACGAUUCACCAAAAUAAUCAUGACCUCCAUUCCCUCUCUUCCAAUACUUCCCCCACCCUAACUCACAAUAAAAAUAACAACGACAGCACCACGACCUUUGAACCCAGAAUCUCGAAACCCCGGAAACCUCGCGCCGCACCGACCAGUGCCAGCGCCAAUCCCACGACGGCUCGCAAGAGACAAAAGACGUCGUCGUCGGACGCGUUAAGCGAAUCCAACAACAGGGCCAUGCAGCAUGACCCCCAUCAGCCCAAGAUCACCGAUCUAGUGGGGUCACCACGCUUGCAACAGCAGCAGCAGCAGCAACAACAACAGCACUACCACCACCACCUUAAUCAACAGCAGCAACCGCAACAGUCGUCGUCUAUGACGCUGUCCUCGGCCGCGCACUCUCCUGUUUCCGAAUCAGGUAAUCAUCCUGACGCUAUUCGGCGCUCCUCGCAACCCCCGUCCAUCUCCCACCCCGUCUCCAUUUCAGCCCUGUCAUCCUCAUCCUCGGCCCAACCCUCCCCUCGCUCCAGCGGCCAAAAUUAUGAUCCCAUUCGCUCUGCCACCAUUGAGCUCGCCGAGAUCGCUGCUGCUCCGGCGCGCAAUCCGUUUACCGGUCCGUCUGCCUCUUCCUUGACGCCACGUACCGCCAAUCGUGCGAGCGCUUCGCCGUCCAUUGCCAGUCUCAUUGAUCCUCCGACCGUUGCGCCGUCGGCUGCUUCUCAUUCGCUCGCCGCGAAUGCCUCCAAGUUGGCUACCACGACAAAUGGCAGUAAUGGCGUCUCCACCCCGGGGUCCGCCUCUCCCUCGACGAUUCACGUAACCUUGUCCCCGCCCAAGUCCACGUCAACACCGGUCAAUGAUCGAGCAGCGCCUCCGAAACCUGAGUCGCCCGAAGACGAGAAGCCAUGCCCGCCGGAGCCUAAACGAUCGCUGAAUGCGAAUAAUAGCAAUAAAAAGGCCACCGCCAGUGCUGGCCCCGCGUCCAGUGCACCUUCACCCAAACCUGCCCGGCAAAAGGAGAAUGCUCCACGGGCACAGGGCAAUGGGCUCCUCUCGAGCUCACUCUUUGGCGGACCCACGCCAUUGCCAACGGACGGCACCGACACGCACGCGCCGACGGUGAUUUUGGAGAUUCCCCUCAAGGGCGAGACCAACAAGUAUGUCAACUUUGCACGGAUGGCAGAGGAACGAUAUGGCUUUAAUGCGCUGCACCCGCGUCUCGCUGCGCAAAAGGAGCGGCUUGCCCGGGUUGCUGCGGCAGGAGCGGCACUCGAAAAGGGACUCAAUGGAGCCGCGGGCGCCGGAUCUCCCGACGACAUGUCGCUCGAUCUUUCGGAGCCCGAGAGCAAUGUCGAGAUGGGCGGCAUGGACGGCGACAGCACAGCCAAUGAGAAGCCCAAGAAGCGCAAGCCCAAGGUGGAAGACUACAACAAGGAUGAUCCAUUCAUUGACGACUCGGAGAUGCUCUGGGACGCGCAGCGCGCCGCCAGUAAAGACGGAUUCUUCGUCUAUAGCGGCCCUCUCAUUCCCGAGGGCGAGAAGCCUGCCAUUGAGAGGGCCGAUGGCACUGUCCGACGUGGCCGUGGUCGCGGCCGUGGCGGCACGACCCGCGGUGGAGGACGCGGUAGUGGCACCGGACGAGGUGGAGGAACAGUUCGCAAGCCCCGCGUCACCAAGGCAGAUCGAGCGCGCAUGGAGCAGGAAAAGAUUGAGCGAGAAAAGAUGGCCUCGUUGGCUUCCAAGCCCAGUACCUAUCCUGGAUAA